AUCGUAAGCCCUGCCCUAUAAAUGAAACUUGAGCCCUAUGCGUGGCGUUGGCUUUCACUGAAAGCUUCUAUCGGGACCGUGUAACAGAGGAACACAAAGCUCUCAAUUCUGCUGCUUUUACGGAAAAUUGAUUAGAGUUGUUGGUUAGACUUUGUGUGAGGCGCUUGUAAAAUGUCGGGGCACCUUCGCUUGGUUGGAAUUCUGCUGUGCGGAGUAUUUGCUCUUUCAAGCGCGGAUGUAUCUUUAACAUUUAGUCAAAGAGUCAUCUCCGCUGGCAAGAACUUGGUUAUAAAAUGUACGAUAUCUGGAGAACAGUUCCAGGGGUGGUACCGAGGGGGAAGCAAGAUCCCCACCGACUCCUCCCAGACAAAAUAUGUGUCAAACCCCACAUCUGGGGCAUACCAGCUUCACCUCAACAAUAUCGUCGUCGCGGACGGGGGAGAGUAUAUCUGCCGUGGAAAUAGAGGGAGCAAAACUUUCCAGUUAUACGUUGAUUUUACGACAACUCAUGUCGAGUUGAUUCAAUACCUGCGGAUCAGUAACGCUGACAUGAUCGACAUCGAUGUGUACGGUUACCCCAAGCCAACGUUCGUGUGGACGAAGAACGGCCAGCCCUGGAACCCCAAUGAAGGGCGCUUCUCCACGCAGGACGGUGGCUCUGUCAAGUUUUCUCGAGUAGAGAUAUCGGACCAAGGGAACUACACCUGCACGAUAGCUGUGGACACGCUUGGGCUGAGUUCCGUGAAGAAGAUUGAAGUUAUUACAUUUGAGCCCCCGCGCCUUAUUGAGCGACCCGCCCCGUUCAAUCGCCUCUUGACCGUCGGCUACAACACGACGUUUCACUGCAAGGCCGAAGGCUACCCCAAACCCAAGUAUCGCUGGUUAAAUCAAAUCAUGCGUGAGGUGGAUUUGUCGAAUCCCCGGUUUACCGUGGCCGACGAGUACUUCCACAUCACAAACAUUCAGCUUAGUGACGUAGGGAACUACACGUGCGUGGCUUAUAACAUCAGGGACUACUCCGACAGUGCGAGCGCAGAGAUCUCCAAGGUCUACGUUCGCCCCUCCAUCAAGCCCAUGUAUGACGAAGUUGUCGAGAUUGACGAACAGGCGUAUCUUGACUGUGUGGGGGAGGGGAACCCGUUACCGGAAGUGAGAUGGAUUAGAGACGGACGUUACGAGCGACGACAACAGAUCACCCUGGGCGGACGACGCUCACGGAUCUACAUCCAGGACGUAAGACUAGAGGACGAGGGGCGGUACACGUGCGAGGCACGUAACAACGCACGUGAUCAGGAAGGGCACCCUAUCGUCGCCACCGAAGAAAUCGGGCUAUACAUCAAAUCAUUACCCCGCUUGAACAAAAAGGGAACACCACUGACCGUGUACUCGUAUCUGGGUAACCCUAAGCCAGUGUUUAUCAGAUGUCGUUUCGAUGGCUACCCAUUCCCCAACGUCACAAUCUGGUUUGACAACAAGCAGAUCGCAAACGGCACGGAGUUCGCCAUGUUCGAUAUCAUUACCAACGAGCUUGAGGACUUCGGCGACUAUCUCUGUUGGUCUUGGAACAUCCACGGAUCCAAAAACGUCACAGUCAAGCUAACCCACGCUAGAGAACCAAGCAGACCGGUCAAUGUCAAGGCUAACGUGACCUGUAGCCGGGUAACGCUAACCUGGGACCCGCCCAUUGACGACGGGGGGAUGGAGAUUAUGCAGUACGUGAUAGAAUACGAUGGGAAGAUCUUCAACACGGAAGACACCUACCCCAAGUACUACAUCACGAACCUGAAGCGAGACACGAUGUACGACAUCAAGAUAUGGGCGAGGAAUAAGAUGGGAAAAGGAAAGAAUAACUACGAAACUGUCAGCAUAAUCACCCAAAAAUACUGCCCUCCCAGUCGCCCUAUUAUCUGGUUCCCGUAUGAGAAGGUGAUUGACGACACCGCGUUCUUCCUCAAGUGGCAUGAGCCCGAGUCAAACGGCGGGGACCCGGAUGUUCGUUAUAAAGUGGUGGUGUCUGAAGAUCUGGACGAGGGGCCUUUCGCCAUCAAGACAGAGUUCACAGCUUUAAGAGAGUACUAUGUAGACGAGCUAAAGUUUGGUCAGCGGUACCAGCUUGAAGUGUUUUCCUACAACAAGGCGGGCAUGAGUGAGCCUGCGAUCGCGUACUACUUUAUACCCAACGAAGGAGUGACCCGCGUCACUGGGACGCCACAGAUUGGCCCAACUGCCGGCAAACGAAGUUCCGCUUCUGCAAUCACGUCAUGCCUCGCGCUUAUUACCAUCCUCGUUACCAUGGCAACACUCACAUAACUUGUGACGUCAUCAAGCGUUUGCCAAUAUCUCUAGAUUCCAAACGUGUUAGCAAUCCUCCUGCAUGGUGUUUCCUGUGAAUUGGUGUUUGAACACGUAUUCUUUGUAAAGAUACACCUAUUUUUAUAAUGUGCUCGAAUAUACCAUGGUGUAUAUCGCGUACAAACCAAGAAAUAAUGACCUGGGUAACGUAAUUAACGUAACGCUGACAUGGCUUUUAACUCAACAAAGUUUUAAAGUAACACUCAGUAUAAUGCAUUGAUGCAACCUUACACAAGGCAAAGUAGCUAAUGGAUUAUCGAACGUCUGGAAAGUUGUAGCCAAGCAAUUCGUAUGUGGUGGUGUAAAAUCUCACGAAGAUUUAAGUCUUGCAAGCGAUAGCAAUUUAAUGUUAUGUUGUGAUAAGACUUGAUUCUGCAGAAGGAUCGUGGAGAAUUGAUGCUAUGAUGUACUGUUUGCUAUAUUUGAGCGUCGGUGUUAUAGUUUUGCCUUGAUAUUCAAUAUAUAUGUUUACGAACAGAACUUUAAGAGACAGGCCUAAUGCAGGUCAACCUACUUUUUGUAAAAUAGUUUUUAACACAACAUUUAAACAUACCUUCCGUCGGUAUCAUUGAUUCAUGGUUUUACUUUCUCGGGGCGGUUGGGGAGGUUUUUAUUUUUACAAGCAUCAGCGGCUUGUACAUUCGUCUAAUUUAAUACUCGCUAAUUAUUAUUUUUAUCUUAAACUCAUAGUGUUCUUAUAAAAUUAUAUCUCAGUAAAAUAAUAAUUUUAAUAAUGCAAACUCACGAGAUUUAUAAAAGACAGCAAUUGAUGUAGAAAUUAUCGAAUUUAGAAUAAUGGACUGCAUGCACUUAAUUAUAUAAUUUCGGAUUGUGUGAUUUAGGAUUAAUAUUAUCAUAUAUAGUAAUAAAAUAAUUUUUCACUUA